AUGAACUUCAAUUCUAAUCCCUUGCAAACAUGGUCUCCGCCGCAACAGACAUACCUAGAACAUAUUCCACCCAGCCAAAGCCUCAUAGAGGAUAAACCAUCCAAGGACCACAAAAAGGAUGGCCGAUGCUUUUCCCAUCUAGCGGAUCGAUGGUGGCUAUGGGAGAUUAGCGGCAUAAUUGUCAGCCUCUCUGCAGCCACCGCCAUACUCGUCGUUCUGCCAUGUCUUCACAACAGUCCACUCGACAACUGGCGAUUUGUCCUUGCCCCAAGCACCAUGAUAUCAACAUUCGUCACGAUCUUGAAGACAUCGAUGCUGCUAGUUAUCGCCCAGGGUCUUAGUCAGAUCAAAUGGCUCCAUUUUAAAACCAAAGCGCAUUCACUGAAAGAUCUCGACAUGUACGACGAAGCGAGCAGAGGGCCUUGGGGCGCUUUUCAGUUCUUCCUUCACUUGAAGCCCCGCAAUUACUUGCAAUCCGGAACAUUUCUGGCCACAGUCGGUGCUUUCACUAUGGUUGCUUCCCUUACCAUGGAACCAUUCGCACAACAAGUCAUAUCGAUAGAAACUCGAACUCGCCCCAAACUCGACGCGCGUGCCGAGAUACCUGUUGCAAACAACUAUGACAGCGGCUUAAGUCGAUACUACUAUACAAAUGUCCUUGCUGAUCUCAAAAAUUCCGAUUUGCAAGGUGCAUUUAUCCGGGGUAUAUUUAAUUUACCAUAUCCUAUUGACUACUUCUGCUCGACGGGAAAUUGCACUUGGCCAGAUUACACGACUCUUGGCCUUUGCAGUUCCUGUAAAAACGUAACUCUGGAAAGCACACCAAACAAAGACUAUACAGCCAUCUACGACGCUUUUUACUCAACUAAAGUGAAGAACUGUGAUGGCUGUCGCUUUACGUACGAGACCCCAGAAAACAACCACAUGUUGUUUAAUUCUGUUUGCACCUGUGCUUCACCUCGGACUAUCAUUUCGGGCAAUGCUACAUUGAACCGCUUCGCAAACAAAAGUCUGACUGCUAUUGCUAUCGUAAAAGUAAACUCGUCUUUAGGAGGAGACUCUUCGCUUCCAGAUGUCACAGAGUGUAAAAUCAGCUGGUGUGCAAAAGCUUACAGAGGUGUUCGAGUCGUAAACGGUACAAUGCCGCCAUACUCCGUUAACGAAGUACCGCUAGAAGCUUUAGAUGGGCCACUGGACAGACCGUCGUGCUUUAUGAAAGAUAAGUCGCGAAUGUCCUUCGAAAUUAGGUCGGGCUCUAAAGAGCUAGCAAAUGCAUCAGCAGCACAAGGCCAUAAGAACUUCGCCGUCAACUGCAUCGACCAUCUCGUUAUCAACAACUUCAUAAAUCGUAUUAUGAAUUUCGCGGUCUCAUUGUUUGGCGAGGAUGGUUCUGGGUAUCACCCAGGAAUUACCUUGUUUCCACAAAACAUCACCGAGGCAAUGAGCCACGUUGCAGAGAGCCUAACACGCCAGGUCCAAAUCGGACACAACACUACAAUGCUGCAAGGGACAGCCUACUACCCCGAAAGCUACGUGGUUGUCCGAUGGAAGUGGAUCGUAUUCCCCCUAGUCCUCGUUUUAAUCGGCACCGUGUUCCUCAUCACAAACAUCUACCUCCAACACACCCACAAUGUCAAGCUGUGGAAAUCGAGCCUUUUGCCUUUCCUGUUUCACGGAGUGCAGGGUUGGUCCGAUUCAGACCUCAAUCUGGACGAGAAAAGAGAUCUGGAUAGGAAAGGAAAGUCGAUGACCGCGAAAUUGGGGCGCAACAACGAGGGAAGCUACAAGUUCAUGAAAGCUGGAGUACUUACACCCUAG